CUGUUAUCAACCAGAAGAUCUCCUCCUACAUUACAGCAAUGAAGUCGUUUCUGCUGCUCCUUGGACUGCUCCUGGUCUGUACCUUUUCGGAAGCACAAUCAAGGGAGCAAUGUCCCAGCAUCUGUCCUGCAGUCUACAGUCCAGUGUGCGGAGAGACCCGCAAAAAUGGUCAAUUGGUGCGCUGCAAAUUCAGCAAUAGCUGCGUCAUGGGUGUCAGUGGUUGUGUCAAUCGUUUGACGUGGUGUGGCACGGACUUGACCAAAUGCAAACAGACUUCAAACAUGUGCAAUAGCUUGGGAGGAUCCUAAGAACUUAACAUAACCCAACCCCUACACUGACGCGUGUUUGCUCUGCAAAUAUUAUCGUCUUUUUUGGCAGAAUAAAAGAUAAUUGUUUUUCGUGCCAAAAUAAUAAAGAUUUCUUUGGACUUUGGAAAGCAAAAUAAAUUAAUUUCUAGCAAUAA